UAUGAUUGGGAUGUACACAAAGAAGGAAUAACUUGGCUACUGUCAGAAAGUACUGAUCCAUCAUUCCAUGGUUUCAUGGAUUGAAAUUGUAUAGACCUCUAUUAUUUUGUAAACAAAAAAAAAAGUUUUGCUAAAAAAGCUAAUAACAUUUCUUGGGAUUGCCCUUUUGCAUUAAUGAUUACCUUUAAAAAUGAUUUCAUAAAACAAGAGAAGAGUAAAAUAUUUUCACAGAUGUGAAGUUUUGACUUUUAAUGCACCAUGGCUAUGAGAUCAUCCUAUCUUCUGUUAGUGGGCACUCUCGUGACCCAGAUAUCAUUGGGUUUCAAGAGCCCUCGCUGUGGAAAGAAUUCAUUCUAUGAUAACAGAACAAAGCAGUGCCGCAUCUGUUCUACUUGCCCUAACAACCAGAUCAUUAAAAUACCAUGCUCAGAAACGGCAGACUUGGAAUGCGGCCCUUUUAACUUCAGCAACACUGACACUUAUAUAAUGAAGUCCUACCAAAAAAAUGCAGAGUAUGUGGACGUUGGGGACAAUUAUAAUGAGAAUGAAGACGAAGAAGAGCCAACUACUAUUGAGAAGGAGGACAGAGAGUAUUGGAAGUCUUUAGCCUUUGCUUUGAUUGGACUACUCAGUAUUUUAAUUAUUGUUGCUACUGUAGUCGUGCUGGUAGCUUGUAGGAAGCUGCAAAGAGCUUCUGUAAUCAAACAGCCUGACGAUGGAGAGACAGAUGAUGCAGACUCUGGUUAUGUAGUGAUUCGAGCUAUCCGGAACAUAUCGACACCUAGGACAGGCAACACAGAUUACAGCAUGUUCUCACGAGAGGAAUAUGAUGCCCGCCCACCUCUUUUAUCCAUAUCACAUCCCAACACAGAACAGCACAAACCCACAUUUGACCCCUCCUUAGGGCUGCACAUCAUGCCUGGAAGGCUGUGCUUUCUCCCAAAAGUCUACCAGCCCCAGCGAAGGCUGCUGACCUAUGAUGCAGAUGACGUCUUUGAAUCUGAGGACAGCGGUGGGGCUUAUAUACCCCCUCUAACAUCGAAGCUCCACACUGUGUCUGAAAAUACACCAUCUUCCAAUUCAAAAGCCAGUGACACUUAAAAUGAAGUGUUAAUGCUGAAGUUAGAGUGUAAUUUGGAUUAUUUAUGGAAAAAAUGUUAGAGAGUUUUUCUUUCUGACAGAAUAGUUUUUCAAAUGGUUAUUGUAGAUUGAUACAAGAAUUAUAAAGAGGAGAAAAAAAAGGGGGUGGAUAGAGGGAGUGCACUGUGUUUGUAAAUAUAUUAUAUUCACCCAGAAAUAUAUGUUUGGAUUUUUCAGAUCAUUUUGCUGGAAUGCUCACAUUAUUGAUUGAUUUUUGGUUGUGGGCCUAGAAGUGAAUAAGGCAACAAAAAAAAAACCUAUCUCUACAAAGCAAUAGCCUAAGAUUUUAGAUAUUUGGCAUGAACUGUGCACGUGAAAGAUUCUCAAAUACUCAUCAAAACAGUUUGAUAUUUUGUUAUCUUUCUUGAUAUUAAACACUGUUUUCAAACAGAUGAAAUUUAGUUUGAAAUGUGACACUAAUUCUAGGACUUCUACUAAACAAAUUUCUAAAUAUUUUUUUUGCAUUUGUAUCUCAUGAAGUCGUCUGAUAAGCUGAAGAUCAAAAGAGGAUAUUAGCAAGUAUUGAAAGUGGAAUAUAGCCAAAUCACUCAAAUUUCACACCAUAUUAGUGAAUGAAAAGGUCUAUAAGAAAAUCUCGCAAAAAAAACAACUUAUGUUGUCCACUUUCUGAACAAUAAAAGUGAAGUGCCCACUUCUGUGUCCUUAACAAUGUGUUUGUUCUCUGCUAUUAGACUAACGCUAUUACAUCUAUUUUUAUAAAUUAUGUUAAAAGUGGCCUGGCACAAUUGACGGUUAUGAAACACAUAUCCAAAUCAUGAACAAGAAAUUUUUUUUUUUUAGUUUUUCUUGUUUAGGCUACAUUUAAAAAAAAAUGCAUUAUCAGAUUUGACUAGUCCAAUUGGUAUAAUAAAAUUUUAUUUAUUGAUGUUUGACAAUGUGAACUUUUAAAUUUAGAUUCGAUAUGUAGUAAGAGAACUGAGUUUGAAUGUUAUGGCAUUGAGAGAAGAAAAAAAGUAUAUAAUAUUGCUUAAGCGUAAAAGCCAUUAUAUUUGGCUUGUUUUUUUUUUCCCUUUUUGGUGAAUCUUUAAUCCAUGAAUAUCUUCCAAGCUUAAGUUUGUGCAUUAUUUGCACAUUUUUCUACUAAAAAAAUGUAUGUGAACAUCGAAAAAAUAGAUUCCAUGUUAGUCUUGACAUCGAUUAUUUAUGCCUGUAAAAUAUUGUAAUUAUCACUAUGACUAUAUAAUGUCUGACUUUUCUAAACUACUUUUUGGCUGUUGUUGGGAUUGUUGUUGUUUUUUUAAUGUUUUAAUAAAAUAAAUUAUUAAAUAGUUGAAUUUUAUCAAAAUAUUUUGUUUAAAGUUUAAAAAUGUAGAUUGUUAUUAUGUCAGCAUUCAUUACAUUUGACUUCCAUUGCAAUUGUAUUUUUUAAACGAUUCAAACUUAUAAUUGCUGAAAUGUUAAGCCAAUUCAAGGCAAUCUUAGCAUUAAAAUAUAUAUAUUAUAAAUGUAUUUGAUUAAUUAGCAAUAUUAUGCCAACUCUAGGCAAUCUUAGCAUUAAAAUAUAUUCUGAAUGUUUUUUGAUUUAGUAGCAAUAUACUUGUUCAAAGUUUUACAUGUAAAUUAUCAUAUGUAUAGUUUUUACAACUGCGUAUAUUCUCUAGUCAAAUAACACUUUUUUUUUAAAGUAAGGAUAUUAUCUGUUCUUUACAACCUUUGGCUGAAUACAGUUUAAGAAUUUUUUUUUUGUUUGCAUUUGCUCUCAUUUUGUCUGAAGAAUUGUAUUGCUAUUUAUUUCUUUGCCUUCAUGACAAGUUUGUUGAGUAGAAGCAUGAUUUAUUUCUUGCUUUGUUUUUUUUUUUUUUUUUUUUUUUUGUCAUUGUAAUUUGAAGCUUUUUGCAUGCCAAAUUUUCCCCUCACGACCUUGAGUUCUUUAAGGAGAGCUUAUUUUAUACCGUAUUUGGUUGAGUGAAUUACAAAAAUUACUGUUGUGUCUGAUGACAAGUAUGUUUUAUAUGACAAAAUAAACAUUCUUACUGUUUGGACUUUGUAAAAAUAUUUCCAGGUGAAUGGUUACUUGGCAAUUAUCAGCCCAUCUGUCCAGUAUUUGAAAUUUGUUAGGGAUAACAGCUGGGUUAUCUCAGCGAUGUGUGUCUGAGUGGCACAAAGUGCUUGGCUACCUUUCAAAGGGGCUAAAGUUCAAAUCUUGGCUCAAGUUGAGUUGUGCCUGCUGAGCUCCUAAAGGCAGUAUGGAAACCUUCUCCCAGAACUGCCUCUCCUAACACAAAGAGACUGAAUCAAAGCGCUAUGGCAUAAAAGAUGCGCCAUACAAUAGCAAUUUAAAAUAAUAAUAAAAAAUUUCUCCACUAGAAUUGAAAACCCUUAAAACUCAGGAUCACAUGUUUGUCAAGAACAGUAUAUCCAGUGCAUGCAAUAUGUUUAAAGUAUCAUCAGAGCAAUGUUGUGAGCUUUCUUGAGCUGACUGUCAAAUGAAAUUGUUUUAUUGGAAAAAUUGUUGUGUGUUAAUUUUAUUGUUUGGCCUAAUUAGUUAGGAUUUGUUUUAUAUGUUACAUUGAAAUGGUAAAGUUAUUUUUUUAAAUACAUACCAUUUACCAUAAUAAAUUGGGUUUUCAAAAUGGGAA